CCCACCAAGCGAAAGCGCGAAGGGCAGUUAGAGAACGAAGCAGACGAACUGGAAAUCGAUCUCAAUCUACCGGAACCUCCUUCCAAAAAGGCCAAACGAAAAGAGAAAAAGCAAGCCAAGCAAGGCUCUGGUACCACGGACUUGAAGGGCGAUGCUUCAGAGGACCCCGAGACCUCUACUGCUCCAAUCAAAACCGAGACAACUUCUGAGCCUCCGGCGAAAAGAUCUGAAUUUGGUAUUUGGAUCGGCAAUCUACCUUUCAAUGCGAACAAAGAAGCGCUUCGAAACUUUUUGAAAGAUAAAGGUGGUAUUGAUGAAAAUGAUAUUACUAGAUUGAAUAUGCCUGCCGGUCCGAAAGUAUACAACAAGGGAUUUGCAUACGUCGACUUCACUUCCGAUGCUGUGUUGCAGAUCGCGCUCGCUCUGAGCGAAAAACUACUGAACGGGCGGGCAGUGUUGAUCAAGAACGCAAAUUCUUACGAGGGGCGUCCAGCAAAACCUGUCGCGCCACCGGGCGAAGAGAUUCCGAGCAAGAUCAACGGCAAAGAGCCCUCGAAGCGAGUGUUCGUAGGGAAUUUAGGCUUCGAUACUACGAAAGAAGAUCUAUCGGAACUCUUCAGCCGGGCUGGAGAGGUCGAGGAUGUCUUCCUUGCGACAUUCCAGGAUACCGGAAAAUGUAAGGGAUUCGCAUGGGUCAGGUUCGCAGAUAUCAAGGCAGCAGAAAGCGCAGUGAAGGGCUAUGUUCUGGAGGACGAGGAGAGCGAAACGGAUGAAGAUGGCGACAGUGCCGAAGAGGAUGAUCAGGUCGAGGAGGGUGAUGAAAAGGCUACGGCUAAGAAGUCGAAGCGGAAGAAGACACAACGCAGGUACAUCAAUCGAAUGCAAGGUCGCCAAUUGCGUUGUGAGUUUGCUGAGGAUGCGCAAACAAGGUACAAGAAGCGAUUUGGAAAGAGCGCAGAGAGAGACGGAGGGGAGCCUCGAAAGGCAACCAGGGAAGCUGGCGAGUCAUAUCCCGACGCUGCCUCAGAUGCGCCAAAGAAAAGGCAAGAUCGCAACCUGACUAAGGAUGAGCGGCAAGAGAUUCGUCGGAAGCGACACAUCGAUGCCAGAACGAUUGCUCCGGGUAAGGCGCUCGCUGGCGCGCAGCGAGCUACCGGUGCGAUCGUGGCUGGUGCUGGCAAGAAAACCACAUUUGAGUAA